AUGGGCAUCAUAAGUGACCUGACCCGACCUGAUUCAACACAUCAUGAACCCAUCACAUACUUGCUCGCAUAUAUUGCCUGCUUAUCACUCCUCUCGGUUAUUCCUUAUGUUCUAUACAUCCGCUACUAUAGCUCAUUAGCCAAAGUCCCCGGCCCCUUCUGGGCCAGUCUAUCGCGAUGGUGGUUGGUAUUAUUCUCAAACAAAGGCAAUAUGCAUCGGUUGUACCCCCGUCUUCAUGAGGAGUACGGAAAAUUGGUUCGUGUCGGACCAAACGAAGUUAGUGUGGCCGAUUUGAAUGCCAUUCAGUUGAUCUAUGGGGCCGGAAAUAAAUUCGCAAAGAGUGAUUGGUACAGCGUUUGGCAAGGCCGUCGUAAAUUCGAUCUCUUUGCAGAACGGAAUGAGACUAUCCACGGUGCUCAGCGACGACUUGUCAACAACAUCUACUCCAUGAGUAGUCUAAAGGACUUCGAGCAUGGCGUGGAUGCAGUAGUCGAACGACUCAUGCAAUGUAUGCAGCGCCAAGGGUCUGACGCAACUGUUGAUCUGGGGAAGUGGGUGCAGUUGUUUGCUUUUGAUGUAACUGGCGAGAUUACAUUCUCCAAGUCAUUCGGAUUCCUGGAAAAUGGAACAGACGGUGGCGCGUUCCGUCAAAUUGAAAACGCACUUCGCUCGGCUUCUUGGGUGGGACAAGUACCCUGGGUAUAUUGGUUGCACGAUUACAUGACGCCUAUCAUCGGAAGUCGUCUGGGUAUCGCAGCACGCCAUGGUACAAUUCGACAGAUUGCCGCUCGUGAGAUCAUGGCGCGUCGAGAGGGGAAGCAUGUCGAAGAGGCAAAAGAAGAGCAAGACAUUUUAUCCAAGCUCUUUGACGUGCAGAAGAAGAAAGAAAACCAGCUGUCGGAUGAUGACGUGCUCUCAAUGGCCACGUCGAAUGUUUUUGCGGGCUCUGACACCACUGCUAUCUCGAUCAGGUCGAUCUUUUACCACCUUUUGAAGAAUCCCACGUGCUUGAAGAAGCUUAGGGAUGAAAUUGAAGAUCGGAAACGUCAAGGGAGAUUCUCGGACCCGGUUACAUUGGACCAGGCAAAUGAUAUGCCGUAUCUUCAGGCGUGUAUGUGGGAGGGGUUAAGAUUGCACCCGGCUGUUGGGAUGAGUCUCCCUCGUGUUGUUCCCAAGGGGGGUAUUAUGAUCGACGGGUGCUUCUUGCCGGAGGGGGACUGCGUACUGACACAGGAUGAAAUAUUUAGACAACAGUGGGUGUCAACGCCUGGGUCGUCCAUCGCGACGCAAGUAUAUUCGGCGACGAUGUUGAAGCCUUCCGCCCUGAAAGAUGCUAAUUAUAUUCCUCCUACUACUAGGACGAUACUUCUUCGCAUUUGGAGGUGGUUCACGACUCUGUAUUGGGAAGAGUACGUCUACUUCAUCAUCAUCGAUUCAAAAUCUCAUAGCUAA